AUCACUGCAUGUUCUCAGUCUGCACACAUUUCUUACACAGACAAGUUGACAAGUGAAUCCUCUAAAAUCAGUUUCAGAUCCCACAUCAGGCCCACGACUUGACGUAUCCCUGACUCCAUGCACAAUGUCGGAUAAUGUGUGGCAGGUCAAGCGAGUCGAGGCACAUAAGUAAAACGAGGUCACGUGAGUGUUGCUGAUCGGUGAGGCAGUCAGUUCACAUACAGCAAUUCAACAUGACUGACGGCCCGCUAGUUGUCUCUGUCCGUACAGGAGAUUUACAGGGUGCUGGGACCAACGCCAAUGUUUCUAUAAUUCUCCAUGAUAAUCAUGGCACGACUUCUCCCAAAAUCAAUCUCAACCACUUCUUCAGGGAUGAUUUUGAGAGGGGAAAUACCGACAAAUUCGAGCUACAGCGGACGCAAACAGAAAGGCUUUGCAAGCUUGACAAGCUUGAAAUAUUCCGUGACGACUCUGGCUUUGGAAGUUCCUGGUACGUUGAAAGGAUCACAGUGGAGAACAAGUCUAACGGAGACGUGUACACCUUUCCCGUGUUCAGGUGGCUGCGACCUCACUACCACUACGUGUUCCGGGAAAAUGACACCUUCCUUCCACAGGAUGAUGCCCAACAGGAGCAGAGGAGGCUGGACUUGGAGGACAAACGCAAACUGUACAAGAUUAAAACCGUCGACUUGAAGCUGCCAGCAUCGACUGAGACCCUGCCUGUGGAUGAAAUGUUUUCAGGCCAGUAUCGUUGGGACUUGCAGAAACUUAAACUGAGCCUGAUAAUUCAGAGCAAAAUAACCAUGGUUACAGCAGGAAAAUGGAAAACUCUGGAUGACAUAAGAAACGUUUACGUAAUGCACAUCUUCAACGAACCAAAGAGCAGUAAGGUUUGGCAAGAUGACUCUUUCUUCGGCCAACAGAGGACUGCUGGACUUUGCCCAGCCCUGAUUCGUCUCUGUACACGCUUACCGGAAAAAUUAGGUAUUGGUGACGGAGACCUGCUGCCUUUUCUCGAGGGACAGACUAUUGGAGACGUUCUUACCAACAAAAGGCUGUUCUGCUGUGACCUUAACAUUUUACACCAAUUCCCCCCAAAAGACAAAGAACACGUGAUAUGCGCCCCGAUCUUGUUGCUGUACAGAACCAACAGCGGUCAGCUGCUUCCAGUCGCCAUCCAGCUGUUCCAGGAACCAGGACCAGACAACCCGGUGUUCCUGCCGUCAGAUGACCAGUACGUGUGGCUGAUGGCUAAAAUGUGGUACAACCACGCAGAGACGUCAUACCACCAGUCCUUAGCUCACCUUGGGUUCACGCACCUGUUGAUGGAGGGGGUGAGUCUGGGUGUCAACAGGAAUCUGGCCAUCUCCCACCCAAUCUACAAACUCCUGUCGCCGCACCUGCUCUACAUCAUUGCAAUUAACAGUCGUGCUGUGGAGAAGUUGUUGGCUCAGGACGGGUGGAUUCAAAAUACUAUGACUGUUGGCAGAAAUGGAGUUAUCAACCUUGUGAAGCUCGGCGUAUCACAGUGGCGCCUCGAUGUGGACGGAACACUCCCGGAAGACCUCAAGAGGAGAGGGGUGUACGACAAGGAGGUAUUGCCUAACUUCCACUACCGUGAUGACGGGUUACUCUUAUAUAACGCCAUCAACACGUACGUCACCAAGUAUGUCAACUUGUAUUACGAGUCGAACGCUGUUCUGCUUGCUGACUGGGAAGUCCAGGCCUUUGCCAAGGAGCUGGUAGCACUGAGGGAAGAUGGGGGCAUUGGGAUGAGGGGUGUUCCGGGCAAUGGUGAGUUUCGUUACCUAAAAGACUUCAUCCAGACACUGACGUCGUUCAUCUUCACGUGCAGCGUCCAGCACGCCGCCGUCAACUUCCCCCAGUACGACUACUACGGCUUCCCACCAGCCUACCCAGCAACUCUGAAUGGUUCACCACCAUCUGAUAAGUCCCCUCUGAAGAUGGUUGAUAUUCUGCACACUCUGCCAGACAGAAAUGUGACCUUUGAUAUUAUGGUUGUCACCAAAAUGCUCAGCAGCAAAGGAGUCAAGAGUUUGGGGGACUACGAGGUUCAAUAUGUGUUUGACCCUAAGGCAACUGUUGUUCAAGAGGAAUUCCGGAGAGAUCUGAAAGAGGUCGGUAGGGAGAUUGAGAAGAGAAAUGAAACAAGGAAUCCUCCCUAUGAUUAUCUUCAUCCCGACGCCAUCCCCAAUUCUAUCAGUAUCUAGAUGCCUGGGUGUUCCUGUUCACUAUUUUGUUGAUGAAGGGUAGAUCCACAACAGAAAUAUAUUAUGUGAAAUGUUAUUCAUAUGGACGCCUCAGCAUUAAUCAAAGACAUACGUAUGACUAGUUUGAACUAUAACCAUUAAACCUGAAGAAGUAUUGUAGUUAACCUUACAGCACAAAGCAAGCACAAGGGUAAAUCUGUGUGGUGGUUUACCCUGAUAGUAGAUAAAAAUGCUUCUUGUGGCAAACUCUCAUAUUUUGUAUAUAUGAUUUAUUUUGUAAAUGUCAUGCUUUAUUCAUCUGUUAAUGUGCACUUUGUGGGUUAUGGGUUUUGUUUUAUUCUGAAUGUUUCAUGUUUUUCUUGAAUAAACUUCUUUCAAAUAG